CACAGCCAUGAGUAGCUGUGAUUCUAGUUUAUUUCUAUUGAACUUCUCGGCAGAAAAGGGGUCUGACCGGUGCGAUCAUUCACCUGUCUCCAAUCGCAAUCGUAAGAAGAAGGCAAAAGGAAGAAUCCACCAAUGGAUUUGGCGGAGCUUUGGUCAAUUUUCGGCCCUGGCGUUGCCGGAGCUGUGUUCGGCGCCGGGUGGUGGUUCUGGGUUGACGCCGUUGUCUGCAGUUCUGUUGCCGUCUCCUUCCUCCACUAUCUUCCAGGUAUUUUUGCUUCGUUUGCGGCUCUGAUGUUCAAUUGCGUUCGGAAGGAAGACAUCGAUUAUUCACCAUAUGAGGAAGGCGAAUGGAGAUUAAAGCUUUGGCUCUUCUUCGCUUAUGUGGUAUCCUUCGUUUCAUUAGCAGCAUCUGUGGGGCUCUUGAUUCAAGAUUCAGUAGUAAAAACUGGCCUAUCAGCAUGGACGGGAGUUGCAGGAGUAUUGCAGUGUGUGUUUGUGUUGGUUAGUGGGUUGAUUUACUGGACUUCUCACACGGAAUAAGUCGGAAAGAAUUAUGCACUUAGACCUCAGAGGCUGAAGAGUUACCAACUGCAUAGCGCGUUGCAUCGUCAAGUCGAUUGUGUGUCAUUUGACUUUUCCAACUAUGGAACUGAACAGUAAGAGCUUUCUACUUCUUGUAAAUGUCAUGUUAAUCUUAAUCUGAAACCAUGUCUGUAAAUCUUUAUGGAUCCAAUAUAAGUGAGCAAGUGAGCCAGCAUUCAAUGUUUCAGCCAUUUCAGUU